AUGGCUAACCAAACGCUUGACUACGGACAUCCCUACUUACUCUUUACUCGCUUAGAUGCAGAAGCCGUCGAUCCAAGCUGGGUCCCGUCAUUUGUCUCUCAGAUUGUUACUCGGCAGUACUUCUCCGUGGCAUUAUUGACGGCCUUGGUCUAUCAUGCUUUCAUAACAAUGGAUAAGGAGAUACUUGAGCUCAGCACAAACUUCCUUCCUAUCGUCACAACUUUUCUGAACGCGGCGGGAAGCCCAACCUUACUUUCCAUUAUUGGCGGUCAUCUUUUGAUCAGUAUGAAAGAAGCAGGGGAGAGGGGCGCGAACAAAGGUACCAGCCUUCGGCUGAGCGACAUGAGCGACAUAGUGAUUGCGGAAGAUUCUCCUACAGGACUUCCGAGGGACGAAGGGCUACUUCUUGCUUGA